UUAACAGGACAGCUUCUAACGAGGGAAUACAGUAGUUAAUAGGACAACUUCUAUCUACAAGCAGUAACGAGACAGUAAUCGGAUAUCAAAUGGAAUAUGUAAAAACGGAAUAGAAAAUGGUAAAUCCCUUGAAAAAAGUCUUCAGUAUUAACUAUGAGAGAUUCUUACUCAAGAAUUAUCACGCUGGAACAAUGAUGAAUAUAAGUAUUGCGACUUAUAGAAUAGAAUUUGGUGAGACAUUGCCGAUCUGUGGACAAUCCAUCUAUAAUGAAGAUAUGUGCGCACCUACAGUUCGGUUGACAUGGUUGUCAUUGAUUCUUUAGAAACGCAGUUUUAAGCAUGUCUGCAAUCUGUAGGUGUGUGUUUGAGCACAUCAGAUCGGGAGAACCAUGUCCACUUACUGGUCAAUACAUAUCAAAGUUGCAGCAGGAUUUCGAAUCAAGGUUCCAUUUAAACCAGGACAACAUCUCACCACUUCUUGCUCAAGUUCUGGACGACGUUCACGGCACAGAGGAAAUGGUGAAAAUUAGAAGAAAAGUGAAAAGUAUCGCGGAAUACACACGAUAUUAUCCCGAUGGAUGGAAACACGUCACCCUUGGAAGUCGUGGGGAUGGCUUUUUAAUGCCUGGACUUGAUUUCGAUGUUUUGACAAUCAAGACAACCGUGGUAGUAACAUACCCUGAUCAGCUACACCUACUCCCGCGACACAGCUCAGACAAGACUAUUCUGUUAAUGAGACCAGCCGGUCUUAGACCAGGGUACGUAUCCCUUGAAGUAGCUCAAAUUGCAAAUGGAUUGGGGAAAUCGUAUCCAUUUCAAUAUGCAAUUGUUCCUAUUGGACGUUCGUUGUUUUUGUCCAGUGAUAUGUUUAGGCAGAAAGUUGUCGAUUUGAUGUCUGUAUUCGACCCUAGACACUGUGUUUCCAAUGGACCUUGCUGUACGUUACAAUGUAAAAGUCAUCGCCAUGACAAUACGUUUGCCUUCCCUAUUGUGUGUUGGCCUAGAGAAGCUCAUGAAUGGAUACAUCGGCCUCGACUCUAUGGUUGGCCAGCUCAGACAAUGAUUGAUAAGAUCAUUCAGGGUGGGUGUCAUGUCGUACCAGUUGGUGAUAAAUGUUCCACAGACACACUGCUACAAUGGAGGACCUUCUUUUGCCUGUGCAGAGCAGAUGCUGGUUCAUUCUCUUACACAUCCACAGUUCAGGGAUGUUACAGAAAAACAUUGCGUCUGUGUAGUGAAAUGAUGUCGACUUAUCGACUUUUCAUUGGCGAUCAAAUGCCUCUCAUUGAUGAUCAAUUUUUUGAACCAUACGAACGGCUGUACUGUGGGAAAGAAUACACACUGUGGCAAAAAUUCAAGGAAGGCGUCUAUUUUCCAGUUUGCUUUAACAAGGAUAAUAUUAUGCUUUGUCCUCCUCAUUUACACACGGAAGUCACUAAAAUGCCUAGAGUAGAUAUUCCACCACUGCCAUACGCAAUAUUCCUGUCUUUCCUGUGCUACCACGAACUUGGUGACUUGAGGAGACGUGACACGGAGCUAGUAAACUUGCGGGCGGCGAACUAUGACCCUUAUCAAGGGGGACACGACUACUGGAUAGUUCACACAAUACUUGGGAUCUGUUACCAAACUGUGGGAGACAAGCGCAGGGCGAUCAGGUCGUUUACAGAUUCUUUACGUGUGAAACCUGAUGGUAACCCUGCUAAGGACAGAAUAGAGGCUCUGCGGAAUUCGCGAUAG